GGCUGCUCAGUUGUUGCUCGCACACGCGAUCGCCCGGUUGACACUUUCAGGGCCCUCCGUCGUUUAUUGCCUCCAAUUUUCCGGCCAGCUGUGCGUAGUAAUUAAGUGGAAACUCGUUGGAAAACUGUCCCUGCCUUUACAAAAAGUCAACACAAGAGAGACAUUUCCCUAGGCACACCUUCGGCUUAAUGCAUUUCUAACUACCAGUUUUUGUCCUCCUUCGCUCAUAAAACACUUUCUCUUUUACUGCUGGCACAUUUUUGGACCUAUAUUUUGUUGGAUCGUCGAUCACAAGUGCGUGGGCGUGUUAUUUUUAAAACGAAAAUUUGUUGUGAAAACAAAACUAACCUUGGUCCCUUUUUCGCUGGCCAAAACAAUGCUGUCUGACUGCAUUCCAAAAAUCAAAGUGUUCGAAACUGUGGCCCAAAGAUAAAUUUUGACUAGUUUGCCAGCGAUUUGGAGCCCGAAAAGCGGCGCUGCAGGCAGUAUGGCCUGCUUGUCGGACAUUGAUUUAGCCACAUUGCACGAGAACCGUUUGGAGCAGCGCUGGCACUACGGAUUGCCCAACAUCCAGCAUGGAUACCAUCACCAUCCCGACGGAUUGAGUCCCAUGACCCGACUUUGUCUAGAGCGAAAUAUGCAGAGGAAGGUGCAGCGGGACGUGAACGGGAACUGUCUGGAGCGGGGCCGGUCCCGAGAUAAUGCCAAUGGCAACGGAUCGGCGUCAGGUGGGAAACGCAAACGAUCCGGCACCUGGCCGCGUACUCGCAGUUUAAAUGCCCCUUCGCCUGUCCAGCAAUUCGGACCAUGUGGACGCAUAAUGAAAAACUCAGCAAUGGUGAUGCAAAUCCAGGAUCCGGCCAGCCAGCGUCUUACCUGGUACAAGCCGCCUCUCACUGUUCUGGUGAUCAAGAAGGUCAGCGAUGCCUCGGUGCUGGCGCCGUUUGUCCAACUGGUGGACUGGCUGCUGCAGGAGAAGCAUAUGGUGGUCUGGGUGGAGUCAGCUGUGUUGGAAGAUGCACAGCUCAACGAAAAUGUUCGGUUCAAGGCCAUUCGCGAUAAGCUUAUCACUUUCAAAGAUGGCCGCGAUGACCUGACCGACCGUAUAGACUUCAUAGUCUGUCUUGGAGGCGAUGGUACACUACUGUAUGCCUCCCUGCUUUUCCAGCAAUCUGUGCCUCCCGUCAUGGCCUUCCAUUUGGGGUCCCUGGGAUUCCUGACGCCCUUCCGCUUCGACAACUUCGAGGAGCAGCUUACAAGUGUCCUAGAGGGACACGCUGCAUUAACCCUUCGCAGUCGUCUUCGCUGUGUGAUGCAUCGCAGGAGCGAUAGAAAGCAUGAGGAAAAGACUCAGGAGGUGGACCCCGAUGGAGAUGCCCGACCUGCGGCCAACAGCAUCCUGGUGCUUAACGAAGUGGUGAUUGAUCGGGGUCCCUCGCCGUAUCUUAGCAAUAUUGACUUGUUCCUGGACGGCAAGUACAUCACGUCGGUGCAGGGCGAUGGCCUGAUUGUGUCGACGCCCACGGGAAGCACGGCUUAUGCGGCAGCCGCCGGUGCCUCCAUGAUUCAUCCCUCCGUGCCGGCCAUCAUGGUGACUCCCAUUUGCCCGCAUUCGCUGAGCUUCCGACCCAUUGUGGUGCCAGCAGGGGUGGAGCUGAAGAUAUCAGUAUCCCCCGAAAGUCGCAACACAUCGUGGGUUAGCUUCGAUGGACGCAAUAGGCAGGAGCUCUUCCAUGGUGACAGCCUCCGCGUGACCACCUCCAUAUAUCCCGUGCCCUGCAUCUGUGCUCAGGAUCAGAUAUCCGACUGGUUCGCCUCUCUCGCCGACGGACUACACUGGAAUGUGCGUAAGCGGCAGAAGUGCCUCGACGAGCUGUCGGAUCUCACCGCUUCCGGAUCCGAGGACACGCUGGACGAGAUCGAGAAUAUGAAAUUGUAUGAUGUGUAGUGCGUAAGUCCUAUUUGCUAGUCGUAACCGUAGGUUAGGGCUUUCAGUAGUAGUCUUAGCUCUUUGCUUUUUAUUUAGUGCUUAAGUUUUGAGUAUUUUGGAAGUAUCUGUUUCGAAAAAAUUAAUUAAGCACAUUUCGCCAAAGGUUUAAGAAAACUUUUAUAGUUUAUACUCUUUGUAAUCAAAAUCCAUUUAAGAAGGGUAUAGAUUAUUAAGCAAUACUAAAAUAUUUUACAUGUCUCCUAGAUAAAUAAAAAUGCUGUUAGUUAAAACCAAUAAAUGGCUUAUGCAAACCUAGAA